UAAUUUUAUAAAUAAUAUAAUAAUAAUAUGUCUUCUAGUUCUGUUAAUGCCUUUGCAUGAAUGAGCUUUUAUAAUAUAAAAAAAAAAAAAAAAUGUUGUUAUCUAAUUUAAGGUCCUAAAAUUACCGGAUGGGCUAUUACUGUACCGGAUGUUUAGAUCUUGCCAUGACUAAUUUGAGAAUUUGGAAACCGAAUUGUGCUGGAUUUACUCGAUUCAUGCUCCUUUUUCCACUAUUUUCAUUUUUGAAUGCCUGUUUUAUUUUGAAAAUUUCCAAUUAUAUCAGUUCUAUAGCACACAAUGAUGGUCUAAUUUCGUAGUUUUCACCAAUUGUAGUAGGCUUUGGUUUUAACAGGCAAGGUGAUUUUAGUGUUAAAUAAUACAGAGUUAGAAAUUUUUACUAUCGGGUGGGUUUUGUUGUAGAAUGCAGAUAUAAUGGAAAAUUUUCUUUUGAAUUCAUUGUCUGUGAAAUUAUUAUGCUUGUGGCCCCAUUAUCUAUUUACCUUUGAGAAUUUCCACAAAAUUAUUGGUGUCGUACCGUUAUGCUUGCCAUAUAUUGAUUAUCCUUAAUUUAUAGGAUUUCAUCUAAUUUAUAAUGCUACUGGAUAAUUGCGGAAAUCAUUAAAGCUACGCAAAAUUCUCUGGCGGUCAAAUUAUCAUGUUUGGAAUAUAUCAUUUGUUACUGCUAGUAUCUUUGUUUUGACAUUAAGUCAUUAACCAUUACUUUGCCUAUGUUCGAGAUUGAUUAUUUGUAAAUUUUUAGGUGGAAUCAUGGUGGAGACCACAAAAUAAGUGGAUAGUAAUGAGUAGUUGUUUCGAAUGUGUGGUUGAAAUUAAAGUUUGAUCUUGAUUGAUUAAUAUAAGUAACUUUGAAGUAACUAAGCUUAUGUUUCGUUUUUAUAAAAAUCUAUUUUUUAGUGGAUUUUGAUAAAAGUUGAUGGAAUAUGUGAUUGAAAAGUUAUGGGUCCCAUAAAAUGUGUGAUUUAAAUUAAUUAUUGACUUUGACUUAAAUUUUAAUUCUUUUUUUUUUGCUGGGGGGGGGUGCGUAUAUCCCCCUAGAUGGACAGGGCCGACGUCUAUCAUUGUCCAUAUAGUUGAUUAAAUUUGACUCAUAAGAAUUAGUCAGAAGUUUCACGGAACUUUAAUUUUAUUUCCCUAUUGUGAUUGGUUACGUGAUGGAUGAAUGGGUUUGUAGGUUCUCUAGGAAUGUGAUAUGUUUGUAAUGGAAUUCACAGUUGUCAAGUUCUCUUUCGCCAUUGACUAUUCGAGUACUCCCUCUACAUGUUUAAUUAGUUUGAUUCACAAGAAUUAGUCAGAAAACAUUUCUUGGACUCUAAUUUUUUUCCUUUCAUUUAUGAUUGAUAACUUGAUGGAUGAAUGAGCUUAUAAAAUCUCUUGGAACAUGGUUUGUUUGUAGAAAAUUCACAAUUGUUAUGUCCUGUUUUCGUAUCUCUAAAAUUCGCAUAUCUGUAUGAACUAUUAAAUCAUUUUCCCUGGUUCGUUGGCAAAAUAGUUGAAGGGCAUGAAAAGUAAAAGUGAGGAAAAAAUGAUCUCCAAAAAUAGCGUAGAUGAUUCUCCAUACGUCGAGGAAGGUAAUAGUGGAGGAAAUGUGGGUGGGAAUGGUCCACUAAAAAAAGGUCCCUGGACUUCUACAGAAGAUGCCAUUUUAAUUGAUUAUGUUACCAAGCAUGGAGAAGGGAACUGGAAUGCAGUCCAGAAGUGCUCGGGGCUUGCCCGUUGUGGAAAAAGUUGUCGCUUGAGGUGGGCAAACCACCUAAGACCAGAUUUAAAGAAAGGUGCAUUCACUCUAGAGGAGGAACGUCGUAUCAUUGAACUUCAUGUUAAGAUGGGAAACAAAUGGGCUCGAAUGGCUGCCGAGUUGCCUGGCCGCACAGAUAAUGAGAUCAAGAACUACUGGAACACUAGAAUCAAAAGAAGACAGCGCGCUGGCUUACCAAUCUAUCCUCCUGAUAUCUGUACUCAAGCAUUAAAUGAUAACCAACACCACGAGAACAUGGAUAAUUUCUCAUCCGGAGACAUUCAACAGUCUGACUUCUUGUCGAUGAAUGUCUUUGAGAUUCCACAAUUUAAUGGUAUGGAACUCAAUCGGCAGUUGUAUACACCUGCUCUUCUUGAUAUUCCCGCUAGUAGCUUACUUGAUAUUCCUGCUAGCAGCCUGCUUGUAGAAGGUCUCGACUCUUCUUACCCUAGCAAGUCUCUGCUCUGUACAAUGCAUCCAUCUAAGCAUCCUCGAGGACCAGAAUCUAUGUUCUACGGUGUAAAUGCACCUAUUGGUGGUGUACUCCAAGGUAGCAGUCAAUAUCCGAACGAUGGUUCUAUGAGGAUUGUUCAAUCGUUUGGGUUUUCGUCUGCAUAUGAUCAUGAUUCAUCUUCCAACCAUGCAUUAUCCUCAAGCUUAAUUCCUGGCAGCCAUGCCAUUAUGAAUGGCAAUCCUUCUUCUUCAGAGCCUGAUUGGGCAAUGAAGCUGGAGCUCCCUUCACUCCAAACUCAAAUGGGUAGUUGGGGGUCACCAUAUUCCCCACUGCCUUCUCUCGAGUCUGUUGAUACUUUAAUCCAAUCCCCUCCAACCGAGCUUACUCAAUCAUGUAGUCUUUCACCCCGAAACAGUGGACUUUUGGAUGCUGUGCUGUAUGAAUCCCAAAUGAAGAAAAACUCGAAGAAUUCUUGCCAGCUAACUUCACCUGCUUCCACUAUGCCUGUUGAUGUACUGGAUACUUCAUCUCAUGAACUCCAUGAGAUGGAAUGGGAAGUGUAUGGAGACCCAAUCUCUCCUUUUGGUCAUUCAUCAUCAUCGGUGUUCAGUGAGUACACCCAUAUGAGUGGGAAUUCAGUGGACGAACCACCAUCAGCAGAGACCAUGCCAGAUUGUACUUACGUGAUUCCUGCAUUAUUUGAAGGAUUUAAAGUUAAAGAAGCAGAAGCUGGCACAGAGAAACAGAUUAUCUUCUCCCGGCCAGAUUUCUUGCUUGCCUCAAGCUGUUCAGGUCUUUACAAAGACCCGACCAAGGACUAUUCUUUGCUGAAAGACGCAUUCGGACCAUUUCUUGGCGAUGAUUUGGGCAAAGAUUGCAAGCAAAUCGACACUUCAGCUAGUUCAUCAGGUCAAGGGCGCGAGCAUGAUUCUCAUGCAUGCAAUGCAGUGUCUACUGCCUAGCCAAUGUCAUGAAACCAAUGAAAUCUUGAAUUUCGUUGUCUUGAACGACUUUUGUAAUUUCCAUGUUUACUUAUGCUGUGAACAAAGUUGUCACAGUUCUGAAAAGAACUGUAGGGAACAUCAUAAUUGGUUUCGUAAACUAGGAAGAGUUCUAUGACGUUUUGUUGUGUUGGUUUUAACGUUGUAAACUACAUGCUGUAAUUUGUGUGUGUCUCACCAGAGGUACAUGCAGGUUUUGUUCAUGUGUUUGAUUACCGAACCAUAUUUGAUGGUAAACCUUGUUGCUGGUA